AUUUUCCACUACCAAAAAAUGCCUAAAAGCAAAAUUCAUUCAGCCAGUAUUUUAGCAGAACAAAAACCACCUUCAGAAUGUGGUUCACAACAAGAAGAAAAAAUAUUAUUAAAUUUAAGCAUUUCCCCCAAAAAACGAAAAUCAGAGGAAGAAUUGUGCCGACUUCCAAAUGAAGUCGAAAUUUGUCAAUUAAACGAUUUGAGGAAAAUAUUAGCCCCCCAAUUAGCAAAACAUACAAAUAGGGAUGUGGAUGAUGGCUAUUUGUUGAGAUGGUUACGUUCAAAAGAGGGGCGUUUUGAUGAAACUGCUGAUGGAGUGAAAAAAGAUUUAGUGUUUCGAAAGGCUUGGGGACUUGACAAAAUUGCAAAUUGGACGGCACCCGAGGUGGGGUUAUUUUUUUAUUUUUUUUUGGAAAAUUGGGAUGGAAUGUUAAGUUUUGAACCAAAAAAUAAUUUAAAUUUUUAAAAUUUGCAAAUUUUUUUAAAAUGUCAAAAGCCCAAAAAUCUUUCAAAACGUCAAAAAUCGAAAAAUCCUUCAAAAUGUUAAACUCCAAAA